AAUCGAUUUUAUUUUGAAUUUCAAUUGGUGUUCUCGCCCAUCUGAGCACAUUUUGAAGUGUCUGUUUCACUGCUGUUGUAUUUUCUCUUCCUUUGCUUGUGCUCAGCCCUCCUUUGAUUUGUCAAAUUUUGUGACCGACAACAAGCACAUAUUUGGUAUUGAUGAUCUGGAGGGAGAAAUUUUUUGCAUGUACAGGACGCGAGUCGGAGGUGGCAAAGGAGUCCAGUCCGUACUUGGCUCGGUUUCCAAAAUCCAAGCAGAAUCAUAUGAAUGCACCGCGCGAGUCCCGAGCAAAAGUACCUGGAAAGUAGACGCAAGAGCGCUUCGAACCAAUGACCACACAAGCGCACAUGUAACCGUUCACGGCCUUUACCAUUAGUCAAUGAUGCUUU